CUGUCACAGCGCGCCUGCAGCACCAGCGUGAGGUUUCGGUCCGACUUCACUCCUAAUCCAAACACACUCGUCAUGGCUGCCGUCCACCGCCUGGUCAUCGUGCGGCACGGAGAGAGCUCCUGGAACCAGGAGAACCGCUUCUGCGGAUGGUUCGACGCCGACCUCAGCGAGAAGGGCAUGGAGGAGGCCAAGCGCGGCGCUCUGGCCAUCAAGGACGCGGGCAUGAAGUUCGACGUGUGCUACACCUCGGUGCUGAAGCGCGCCAUCAAGACCCUGUGGACCAUCAUGGAGGGCACCGAUCAGAUGUGGCUGCCCGUGAUUAGGACCUGGCGCCUGAACGAGCGCCACUACGGGGGCCUGACCGGCCUGAACAAGGCGGAGACCGCCGCCAAGCACGGAGAGGAGCAGGUGAAAAUCUGGAGGCGCUCGUUCGAUAUUCCGCCUCCGCCCAUGGAUAAGGACCACGCGUACCAUAAGAUCAUCAGCGAGUCGAGGCGCUAUAAGGGUCUGAAGGCGGGUGAACUGCCCACUUGCGAAAGUCUGAAGGACACCAUCGCCCGCGCUCUGCCCUUCUGGAACGACGUCAUCGUCCCAGAGAUCAAAGCCGGCAAGAACGUCCUGAUCGCCGCCCAUGGAAACAGCCUGCGUGGCAUCGUGAAGCACCUGGAGGGCAUGUCAGACGCUGCCAUCAUGGAGCUGAACCUGCCCACCGGGAUCCCCAUCGUCUACGAGCUGGAUAAAGACCUGAAGCCAGUGAAGCCCAUGCAGUUCCUCGGUGACGAGGAGACGGUGCGCAAGGCCAUGGAGGCCGUCGCCGCUCAGGGAAAAGUCAAGAAAUAAAUACGCAGAAGAAACGAAGGCUGAACCCGUACGUGAUGCCAAACACUCGGAACCCUGAGCACAUGACGUCACCAAGAAGUUAACGUGUUUUAAUCUUUUGGGGGUUUUUACAUGAAAAAAGGCAAAAUUUUUCAUUAUAAGUUGUUGAUACUAAUAAAUCAUGCACAAUAUGA